AUGGUGGGACUAAGGAACCGCUCCACGUGGGAUCCGCUGCUGCUCAAGUCGUCUUGCAUCAAAUCCUGUGCCAUCGGCUGCUCAUUGGGCAUCACGGCGCACCUCACAUAUGCUAAUGCAGAUAAAGACCCUGUUGAUGGUGUGUUUGUGUGCCCUCUCGGAGAAAAGGAGAUCGUGGUAGGCUUUGAGGCAGCCAUUGCAGGACGUAUGAUGGGUGUUCAGAUCCAGAACCGGGGCAAGCUGAAGGACUGCUGCUUAGAUUGCUGCCCCUGUACCGAAGGACGGGAAUGGAACUGUUGCAGAAGCUCCAGCUUGGAUAUGCAGUGCACCAAUGGGCAUCUCAUCCUGGAUGAAGAUCUAGAAAGAAACACCUUCAUCGUGGCCACGGGCCUGAUCGGUCCCAUGGAUAUAGUGACCAUCAUCAUGAAGACCACAGUUGAACUGCCUACGUUAGAAAAUGGAGCAAUCCACAUUGUCUACCCGACAUUACUGACACCCAUUGUCACGCACAUGACUGCGAGCAAGAGUGAAACUGGAGGGAAAUCAGAAGAAACCGGCUCAACCAGCUGUUUUAGUGGCACCUCAGGAAAACCGGAACGGGUUCUUGAUUCUGAGCAGCAGUACUGUGCACAUGCCAUCUUUACCAGUCCAGCUGCCACUUUGGCUCCUUAUGAGCUCAACUUCCAACUGCUGGUUCGAGGGGCUUGUCUGCUGGCCGGACUGGAGAGCCCAACUCAUGCCUUGAGAGCAGAUGCUGACCCCAGCGCCCAAAGUGCCUCCGCCACGUACAUCACCUUAGCCCAGGAGCAUCCCUAUGACAGACACAUAGAGAUCAUCCUUCACCUCAGUGAACCGCACAGCCCGCUCGUCAUAAUCGAGAAAGGAAGGCUCUCCUUCAGCCAGUACGAACAGCACAUCCUCUCACGACGGGAUUUCAUUCGUUGCACCCGCAAAGAUCCAGAACCUGAGAGAAAGGUGGAGUUUGUACGGAAGCGCUACCACAAGGACAUCUUGAACAACCCGGUGUUGAUGCUCAAUUUCUGUCCCGAUUUCUUGGGAGAACCUCUAGAAUUGAACAAAGCCACCAGAGAAAUAUUGUUCCUUGUUGACUGGAGCGGCGGCACGAACGGAAGCAACAUUGGUCGUGUAAAAGAAGCCCUGACAGUGGCGUUGAAGAGUCUCCCUUCCGGCACGCUGCUCAACGUUGUCAGCUUCGGCACCCCCAUGAAACCUUUGUUCACAGCCAGCAAACUCUGCACGGAUGUCAUACUGAUGCAGGCCUAUGAAUAUGUCCAAAGGAUGAGAGCGGACAUGCGAGGAAUCAACCUACUGGCGACGCUGUCCUGGGUGUAUCAACAGCCUAUGCAGCGUACACACCCUCGCCAGGUCUUUAUCAUUACAGACGGUUCCAAAAACAACGUGGCUAAAGUUUUGGAGCUGGUACGCAGAAACACUUGCGCUGGCAGAUGUUUCGGUUUAGGCCUUGGUUCCCGUGCAUGUAGGCGACUCCUGCAGGGUGUUGCCAAGUUGACAGGAGGUACGACAGAAUUUUUGGAAGAUGAGGAAAGACUUCAGCCCAAGCUCAUCAAGUCUCUGAAAAAAGCCCUGGAGCCUGUGUUGACCGAUAUGCGGAUUGACUGGUAUCUGCCUGAAAACAUGGAGGCUCUUCUUUCACCCAAUGAAAUCCCUGCGCUCUACCCGGGAAAUCGUCUUAUUGGAUAUUGCACGCUUUAUGACAUGACGACAUUUAAAACCAAAAAGACAGAGUGUCAAGAGCUCGGCUACAAGCGCACACGUAACGUUUCUGUGGGCUCUGUUUUUUGCCCGUCAAAUGACGACAUCUCACCUCCGACAUCUGAGCUCAUGCCUGCGGUCACUUGUCCGGAAGGUAACGACCUGGAGGAGGCGCUGAGGGAAAUCUCCAGAGAAAUCUCCUCUGAGUUCUCCUGCGCUAAAGACGCUUACCACAGUAUGGAUGUAGACUGGUCCAGCGAUGUGAGAUCGAGAAUCCAACAGAGCUCCUAUGUCCAGGAGCAGUACGUCCUCACUCACUGCUCCCUCAGCAGCGAACAGAGUCUCCCCACACGCAUACAAGCCUCGUCAAGUUCUGACACCAAGAGACAAGCUUGUCUUUCUGACCCGAUGCCUCCCGCUCCGCUCCUGGACACGGGAUCUUUACCGCAAGGCCUAGAGAAGAUACCUGGUCCAGAACAGAGCUCAUCGUUGUCUCGCUGGGCUGACUCGCCGUGGCAGCAGAACCUAUCGGCAGACGGCGCUGACAGCGCCAGGAAAAAGAAUGGACAAGUCGGUUGUAGUGAGGAAUCACACUGGAGACAAAAAUCACUGGCCCGUUCAACCAUGGCAGCUAGAAGCUUUUCAUCGCCGCAGGGUGAGCUGGAGAUGCAUCGCCUCAGAAGAGCUCUGGAAAGGGUCUCCUUCGACCAAACUCUUGGGGGAAGGCUGGAUGAAAGUGACGGGGAGACAAAGCCGCCAGACACGCUUUCACACAGAAGCCUCAAUGACUCCAGUGGACUCCUGUUCCCCGCCUCACCUCUGGACUGGGACAACUUCACAGACCCAGAGUACCUUUUUACCGCAGUUCCUCUGGAGGAUCCCCCGCCGGGUCAAUGCCGAGCCCUCAUUCACGGCCUUCUGGGCGGCAGACCUGUUUCCUGGGAAGUCACCGUGAACCUGGGCCACCUUUUGGUCCCUGAUGACCACAGAUCAACGGCAGUGGAAAGGUGUAGAAGUAAAGGAGGAGGAAUAGAAAGGGAGUCUUGGGAGGAGAUCAUUCACCAGCUGACUGCUCGAUCAGUAAUAAGAGACUUUGAGAGAAUGGCCGAGAGGGAGAACCAAACAGCGCAUGGUUCAGCGAAACGGUAUCGCGUGAAGGCCAUCCAGACCAGUAAACACUGCAACAUCAUCUCCAUGUACACCACCUUUACCAUCAUUGACAGCAACCCUAAUAAAAGCUUCCAGGACGGCUUGGAAGUCCAAAAUUCAGGGUUAGUUUUGGGAAGCAGUCGCAGUUCCCAGUCAGGCAGUCGCAGGCAGAAAACCUAUUCGUCAGGUGUGAGCAGAAGACCGAUCAGUAGAGACUGCGAAGAGGGUGAAGACACCUGGAACUCUACAGACAGAGAUGAGACUCCUACCUCACCGUGUAGCCUUACAUCCUGGGACUCUAACGCCUUCAGUGGUGUUGCCUCAGUAACAACGGGCCCUUCGUCCACUCGUUCGCAGCGUUCUAUCGAGAGCAGGUCAAUGGAGAGCUUCUUUGGCACCAGGUUCCCCCUUGGCAGACUCAGGUCUUCAAUUUCAUCAGGACGUCAGGUUCCUCUCAAGUCCCACUGCCUGUCUGCAGAGACUGACAAACAAACGGAGAAUGAAGCUCCGGACUAUCUCCCCCUGGUUCACCUUCAGUUGGCAUCAGGAGCUUUCCUGCUUAGCGAGAUGUACGCCAACUGCGUCCAGAUCUCCUUGGACCGCCUGAAGAGGGCGUCACCUUACAGCCUGCACCGGCGCAGCCUCAGCCCGCCUUUCCGCUGCGCAUCUCCCAGCGCUCCUUCAUUGUCCUGCUCAGUCAAACCUCCCAGUCAACACCACGUUACCUUUUCGCCUUCCUCUUGCUCCCUGGCCAAAACAACCGCGCCACCUUUCCACCACACGCCAGAUGACACCCCACUGAUGCUGGAACCCAAGCUUCGCAGAAGACAGCUGUCAGACCGAGACCCCGUAACCUUAUCCCCGGAUGCUCCCAGCUCUGAGGAAGGCUCGUUAGAUCUACCGAGUGGCCAAAUUCAUGGCCAGGCGGACAGCGGUCGCGGGUCGGAGACGGACGUGGGCGAGGCGCUGCUGGAGCCGCCCUACCUUCAGGUGAGCAGCCAGUCGGCUCAAGACGACGUGGAGGGUUCGACCUGGGCGACCGCGGUGGCUCUAGCCUGGCUGGAGCAUCGUUGCGCAGGAUACUUCAUGGAGUGGGAGCUAGUGGCGGCUAAAGCGGACUUCUGGCUACGUGGCCUGGAGCUGCCUGAAGGGAUGGACCUUGCUGGGUUGAGGGGGGCUGCCAGACAACUGUUCCUACUGCUGCGCCACUGGGAUGAGAAUAUCAAAUUCAACAUGCUGUGUUAUAAUCCCAAUAAUAUGUGAGAUGACGAUGAAUGGGGAGGAGAUUUAUCUCUGUGGAAGCUGAGCCCGUUUACCAUUUGAACCAUGAGAUGGAAAAUAACAGCGUGCCAAGUUCAUCUUAAGUCACUGGCUGCCAUUGAUUGCGAUAGACGUUUAAAUUAGGUUUAGGAUUGUGGUAGUAUAUGGCGGAAAACACUAAGGUGACUUGAAGUUCCGCUUUGAGACCCCCAAUUUGGCCAAAUUUCAAAAUGGUCCUAUAUGCAUGUGUGAUACACCAUUGGAAAGCUUAAAAAUCUCGAUUUUCUGGGGGAAGAAAAUUUUUCAACAGGGUGUUUAAAAAAAAGGAGGGCAUUUAAAAAAAUUUAAAAAAUUAACAGCAAAACCCUAUCUGGAGGCGAGAACACGCGAGAGCAGAAUUACAGACGCCAUGACUUUAACGAGAUAGUUUCGCGUGCUUACCUUGUUUCGAUCCAAAAAUUUCAUGUAGCAUAUAUUACUGAGUGUCAAGACACAGCAAUGAAUGGCCACCGCUGGAUUUUGGGGGGAUUUUAUGAGUGAAACAUGGUAAUAAAACAAGGGUCGCUAUGCAGAAAUUGCAGACAUCAAG